AUAUGAAUUAUGUUUGAAAGGCCUCCAGGUGCAUGAAGGUAAAGAAUUUUUUACAACUGGGAAAUGGGAUUAAUUGUGAUUAUGAAUUAUAAAAGAGAAUGGUGUUUCAGUGUUUUAGACAUAAAAUGACAUUUUGGAUAUUAGAGGGCUACGAAAUUUGAUGAAAUUAAGCGUGGAAUUCCACUAAUUUCUCAAAAGUAUGAAUAUUAACGUUUACAGCACGCAUAAUUUAAACAAAAAAAAUACAUAAAUAAAUGUAUUCUACUUACCAGAGGCCCAAAAACAUUUCACUUUUAUCAUAAAAUGCCAUUUUGAUUGAGCAACCAAGAAAUKACAUUUUCCAGAAAUAGUUCUUACAUUUUGACUGGAUUGGUGGGAUCCCUGUGGUACUUGUCCAGUCCUUCCACCGAGGCGAUAUCCCGUAUGUGCUACAUGCUGCAAGUGCUGAAUGGAGAUUGUUUUGAAACUUUUCMUUCAAAUUYAAUCCGAUUGUUUGACUUUCAGYCUGUUGUUAUGCUAUCCUAUUUUAUAAAUAGGCUCGAUAUUUUUCAAAUUUUCGUGUAGAUGUAGUAAUCGAUGGCUUCUAACAGUGAAAUUAUUAAAGUGAAAAUGGAUCCAGAGAAAGAAGAACUCCUUGCAAAGUCGAAAGAGGAGUUUGCUAGAAGACGGAAAGUUGUUCUCGGGAAUAUUCCUGAUGGCGUGAACUUAGGGGAACUAAAAAAUACUAUUCUUCAAGGACUAAAUGCAAUGGAAGUCAAAAUAGAAAACAGAUCAGUGUUCAUAUUAUUCAAGAAUGUUGCUGAUGCAGUGAAAGGAGUUGAUACAUUAAGGACCCUAAACUAUGCUGAYUUUGCGGCAAAAGGAAUCACCAUCAACUUCCCUGAGCCAGACAGUCUUCUCUUUGUAGGAAAUCUCCCCUUCGAAGUUGAUGAAGACCAACUUGGUGAACUAAUGAGCCAAUUUGGUAAACUUGAAAGAGUGUUUCUUGUACGGAGUGAAUUAACAGGAGAAAGCAAAGGGUAUGGCUUUGCUGAGUACACUGACAAAAUAACUGCAGGGGAAGCAAAACAGCAGUUAUUGAAUAGYGGAGCCAAAUAUAUAUCUGGUAGGAUUUUAAGAGUCGAUUUUGCCGAACCCAAUCUUCGUACAUACAAAGAUUUACACUCCAAGACAUUGUUUCUUGACAAACUACCAAGGGAUUUUACAGAUAGUGAAGUACUAAAGGAGCUGUUUAGUCAAUCUGGGAAAGUUACCUAUGCACAGGUUGCCAUUAGUGUUCARACAGGAACAUCAAGAGGUUUUGCAUUUGUUGACUAUGAGACAAGUGAGGAUGCAGAAAGAGGACAGAUAACCCAUAAUAACGCUAAAGUAGGCAAUUGUAACAUACGCACUUCAUAUGGAACUCCAGGACGCUCUGGUGCUAGUGUGCUGGGACCAUGUACUUCAGCAGAGCAGAUGUGGGACCCAAGAGCUGGUUUCUUCCCYAGGCCUGUUGGGCCACCAGGCAUKUUCCCAGGACCUGGUAGACCACCACARCCAGUCAUGGGUAAUCCAAGAGGACCUAAUCCAAUAAUGGACAUAAGGGRACAGUCUCCAAGACCAAUAGUCCCAAGAGGGCCAUCACCUGGUGGGUUACAAGGACCWCAGGGAAAUAGUGGGCCUGUAAGGCCCUUAAUGGGAAAUAAACCCAGUGUAGCAGGUUCCGACCAGCUACAAGGAAGUACAACACUGUCUUCACAAGGCAUUGCUCCUAAUAAUAUCAACAACCAACACUUGCCGCAACCCCUAAUGCAGUCAAAAUUGUCCAAUCAGCAACCAAAUCUCAUGCAAGGACAGCAGUCCUUAUUCCAGACAGGUCCUCUCAGUAAUUCAGRAAGUGGUACUGGGUUUGGUGUUGGGCAAGGAUCUGGUAAUGGUCCCAGACCUAGAGUUCCUACACCAUUGAUGUCCAGUAAUACAUGGGGUGGUAACCAAAGCAUGUUAUCUAAUGUCAAUACACAACARUACCCUACUCUAGGUGGCCCAGGAUUUUCUGGCCAAAAUUCCAUGUCAUACCAACCUAACGGUCAAACUGGUGGCUACCAAUCAGAAUUCCAGCAACAGAACUCAUCAUUUAAUAGCGCACAACCACUGUUAAAUCAGAAACCAGCAUUAACUGGCAACUGGCAGCAACAGCAGCAGGGACAGUCACAACAGCAAUGGCAAUCAAUGCCCCCACAGCAACAGUAUGGAAGUCCAGGUCAAGCCUUACCUUCUAAUAACCAGUCAUUUGUUAGUAAACAAACGUGAUGCCAGUGAUCAGACAUUUGGAAACAUGUAUGAGACAGCUUACAACAAAAGGCCAAGAUACUAAAGGUUUGUUCCUUCCUCAUUUUCUUUCUUUCUCCYCAUCUUUCCCAACCUUGCAUAACUCCUUGUUUUCCCCAAACCCCCUCUUGACACAAUCUAUAGCUUUUACCAUUUCCCCCCUUUUUGUACACCUAACUUCACUUCAUAACUGUUGUAACAUUUGAUUCUUCCUCAAUCCCUCAAUUUUAUAUUGAUUAUGUAAUGCAAUUCUAUCAUUGCUAUGAAUGCUUGUAUAAUUGGCUUGGUUUUGGAUUUUGYCCCCAUUUUGUAUCUGAGCUAAKUAAGUUUUUCUUAGCACAGAACUGCCUUCUUGUUGGUUUUUCUCAAUUAGUACUAGUACAAUUGAUUUGUUUGUAAAAUCCAUUCAACAUUUCAAAACAUUUAACUUACAUUUUAUGUGUACAUUAUUAUUAUUGUUUUCAACUUUUGCACUGAAUUGGUAUUCCCUCAGUGGCUCUAAAUGUAUUCUUGUUAUUAAUUAUAAUCAUUAUAGAUACUUAAUUUGCCAUAUUCGUGAUCAAUUCAAGUUAUUAUUACUAU